AUGCUCUGGGCGCUCUGGCCCAGGUGGCUGACAGGCAAGGGCCUGCCCCUCGUGGGUGCGGUGUUGCUGCAGAAGAGGGAACCUCAGUGGAGGCGGUGGCGGCGGGAGACACACCCAUACUAUGACCUCCAGGUGAAGGUGCUGAGGGCCAGAAAUAUCCGGGGCGCAGACCUGUUGUCCAAAGCCGACUGCUACGUGCAGCUGUGGCUGCACACAGCAUCCCCCAGCCCCGCCCAGACAAGGGUGGUAGCCAACUGCCGUGAUCCCGAAUGGAACGAAACCUUCCACUACCGGGUCCACGGCGCCGUGAAGAACGUCCUGGAGCUCACCCUCUACGACAAGGACGUCCUGGACAGUGACCAGCUCUCCCUGCUGCUGUUUGACCUGAGGAGCCUCAAGCCCCACCAACCGCACAGGCACACCUUCCCACUCAGCCACCAGGAUUCACAAGAGCUGCAGGUGGAAUUUGUUUUGGAGGACAGCCAGGUGCCGGCAUCUGAAGUCAUCACCAAUGGGGUCCUGGUGGCUCAGCCCUGUCUGAGAAUCCAGGGCACCCUCAGGGGAGAUGGGACAGCCCCACAUCAAGAGUAUGGCUCCAGGCAGGUUCGGCUGGCAGUGCCCGGGGCCUACGAGAAGCCCCAGCUCUUGCCCCUGCAGCCUCCCCUGGAGGCAGGCCUCCCAGCCACGUUUACCUUCCACGUGAACCCAGUGCUCAGUUCCAGGCUGGAGGUGGAGCUGGGAGAGAAGCUCACGGUCCUGCAGAGCGGCCCAAGUGCUGAGCUGGAGGUCCUGACCAGCAAGCUGGGCGAGGGGGGCAUCCUGCUCUCCUCUCUGGCCCUAGGUCGGGAGCAGCAUCAUGUCGUGGCCCUGGGGGAGGGCCAGGAGGUGGCUAUGAGCGUGAAGGCAGAAGUGAGCUCUGGGGACCUGGACCUGCGUCUUGGCUUUGACCUCUGCGACGGGGAACAGAAGUUUCUGGAUAAGAGGAAGCACGUCGUGUCCAAGGCCCUACAGCAGGUGCUGGGAUUGAGCCAGGCUCCCGACAGUAACCAGGUGCCUGUGGUGGCCGUGCUGGGUUCAGGAGGUGGAACCCGAGCCAUGUCUUCCCUCUACGGCAGCCUGGCCGGGCUACAGGAGCUUGGCAUCCUGGACACUGUGACCUAUCUGAGCGGAGUCUCUGGGUCCACCUGGUGCAUCUCCACACUCUACAAGGACCCAGCCUGGUCCCAGGUGGCCUUGCAGGGCCCUAUUGAGCGCGCCCAGGCUCGGGUCUGCAGCAGUAAGAUGGGGGCAAUGUCCAUGGAACGCCUGCAGUACUAUGCCCAGGAACUGGGGAUCCGGGAAAGCAGUGGCCACAGCGCUUCCCUCAUCGACCUCUGGGGGCUUCUCAUUGAAUAUUUCCUAUACCAAGAGGAAAAUCCUGCCAAGCUGUCUGACCAGCAGGAGGCAGUCAGCCAGGGCCAGAACCCUUACCCCAUCUACGCCAGUGUCAACGUCCGCAGCAACAUCAGUGGGGAAGACUUUGCAGAGUGGUGCGAGUUCACCCCCCAUGAGGUCGGCUUACCCAAGUAUGGCGCUUAUGUUCCCAUUGAGCUCUUUAGCUCAGAGUUCUUCAUGGGGCGACUGCUGAAGCUCCGCCCUGAGCCCCGGAUUUGCUACCUGCAGGGUAUAUGGGGCAGUGCGUUUGCAGCCAGCCUGGAUGAGAUCUUCCUGAAGACCGCCGGCUCGGGCCUUGGCUUCCUACAGAGGUUCAGAGGCAGUGUAAACAUCACAGACGACCGCCUGAAGCUCCAGCUGCUCGACCCAGCGAGGCUGCAAACCAGGCUCUUCACCCCGCAAGGGCCCUUCUCCCAGGCUGUGCGGGACAUAUUCACCUACCGCUUUACCUCAGCCCAGAACUCGAACUUUACCCAGGGCCUCUGCCUGCACAAGGACUAUGCGUCUGGCAGGGAGUUUUUGGCCUGGAAAGAUUCGCACCUGGACGCCUUCCCCAACCAGCUCACUCCCAUGCGGGACUGUCUGUACCUGGUGGAUGGAGGCUUUGCCAUCAACUCUCCGUUCCCGCUGAGCCUGCAGCCGCAGAGAGCCGUGGACCUCAUUCUGUCCUUCGACUACUCCCUGGAUGCCCCUUUUGAGGUCUUACAGAUGACAGGGAAGUACUGCCUGGACCGAGGCAUCUCCUUCCCCAGCACUGAGGUGCCCCCUGAGGACUUGAAGGACCCCCGUGAAUGCUACCUGUUUGCCAAGGCCGAGGACCUGCGCUCACCCAUCGUGCUGCACUUCCCCCUGGUCAACCGUACCUUCCGCACACACCUGGCCCCAGGUGUGGAACGACAAACGGAUGAGGAGAAAGCCUGUGGGGACUUUGUCAUCAAUGGGCCAGACACCCCCUAUGGCAUGAUGAAUUUCACCUACGAGCCCCAGGAGUUUGAGCGGCUGGUGGCCCUGAGUCGAUACAACAUUCUGAACAAUGUGGAGGCUGUGCGGCAGGCCCUCCGGCUGGCUCUGGGCCAGCGACAGGCUGGGGACAGGGCUGGAGGCUGA